UGUCCAUCUUCUUAGGAUGGGCAGACCUCCACCGGCACCGCUGGCUGAUGGCAGAGAAGAUGAUUUUCAUCUGAGGGAAUUGUCAGUGGAGAUCUUGCAAGUCCUGCUUGAUCCCUGCGACGAGCUUGACGCUCUUUAUGUUCCCGAGGUCAUUUCCUCCACAGUGGAUCACCAGGACAUCUGGCACAGCUCUUCCUCCAAGGCACCGAUGAAAGAAGGGGAGGAGGUUUGUCCAAACCAUGCCCCCCUACUUGAACCACUGGACCUGGGCAUCCAGACCAUGGUUGGUCCUGAUGGUCUCCCUCACUUGUUUUUCCCUGCUUCCCUGAGAGUCCUUCCCAACAAAUCUCAGUUUUUUCAGUACGAGUCGUUCUCUCUGAGCUGUGAGGAGCCGGGAAAGUCAUCUCAUUGGAGAGUUAUAAAGAACACAUCUACAUUAAUAAACGAAGAGUGUCGCCCAUCCUUGAAUGAAAGAAAUGAAUCUCACUGCUUGAUCGAUGACCUUUACCCAUCUGACACUGGAGUGUACUGGUGUGAGUCUGGAGCAGGAGAGUGCAGCAACACCAUCAACAUCACUGUGACCGCUGGUCCUGUGAUCCUGGAGAGUCCUGUCCUUCCUGUGAUGGAGGGAGAUGACGUGACUCUGAGCUGUAAGAAUAUAAAUACGACUUCUUCUUCCAACCUCACAACGGAUUUCUACAAAAAUGGCUUCCUCAUGGCGACCAGCUCUACCGGAAACAUCACCAUCCACAGCAUUUCUAAAUCUGAUGAAGGAUUCUACAAGUGUAACAUCUCUGGAGUUGGACAAUCACCAGACAGCUGGCUGGCUGUCAGAGGUGAGCUCUUGUUUCUUUAUGACUACUCAAAGGGCUUGUUGGUGAAAUAUUGCUUGGUAAGCUAACAGCUAACACGCUAGACAGGUGCUUGCACUAAUCAGUCACAUUAGCUGCAGCAUUUUGUUCUUAAGAUUAGGCUAUCCUGAUAGCCAGCUUGAUGGAAU